AUUGAACUCCAGGCCUGUGACCGAGACCAGCAGUGCGGAGGAGGGAUGUGCUGUGCGGUUAGCCUCUGGAUCCGCAGCCUGCGAAUGUGCACGCCGAUGGGAAAUUUGGGAGAAGACUGCCAUCCUUUGAGUCACCGAGUUCCCUUCUCCGGGCGGCGGAUGCACCACACCUGCCCGUGUCUCCCCAGCCUGGCCUGCAUACGGACUUCUCCCAGCAAAUUCAAAUGCUUACCGGAUUUCAGAAAAGAAGAUGUCUUUUUUUAG